AUGGCUUCCAAACGUUCUGCUGGCUCUAGCUCCCACAAGCUGCAAUCUCAGCUUGUAGCUGAACGUGAUGCGAAAUCAGUGGGACGAAAUCUGAAUUCCAAGACGCCAGGGCGGACCCUUGCUGCCUGCGAUACCUGUCGUCAGUCUAAGAUCCGUUGUAGUGGAGGAAACCCUUGCAUGGCUUGCCAAUGGUAUCCGAAAGGGUGCAAUUACAGUCCCGCAGGCAAGCUAGGCCGGCCAAAGGGCAGCAAGAACAAGCGGACCCUGUUACAGCAUAAUCUACAACUGGAAAAGGAGCAACCUACCAGGGUAGAUGAAGAUACAACUGGUCGAAGCAGCGGAACGGACACCCUGCAAUGGAACCGGCCCGGCCAGGAACAAUUGCAGGCUAGGCAACGGUCUUCGUCUCAAUCUGCAUCAGGCAUGAAUACGUUCGACUUUGACCUGGCACACAUCUUCGAUAGUGGGAUUGCCUUUGAAGAAGGCGGCAUUCCCAAGGAUAAUAUGGGUCAUGAUAUGUUACUCGAGAUGGACCAGAGUUACAUUGAGUGCAUGCGUACAGAUGGGGCUUCAGCGUUUGGGAAUCAGGGUUGCCUAGAUCAGGCCAUGCAAGCCAUAGGGAAUGCCAACCUAUCUACCAGCAACGAUGCAACGGGACAGCCGUGUAUGCCCAACUCCUCGUAUGCACCGACAUCUGGCCACUCUCGUGCCUCCUCCAUAUCUUCUGAGAGUCUGUUCACCCGUGGGACUUCGGGCUGUCUGUGCUUGCCACAACUUAUCAGACUGUUGUACCGUUUGCAAGAGCUCCAUUCGGCCCAUGAUCAAUACGCUGGAGAACCCUCCGUCGAGUCAGUUCUGCGUGGCGUGCAAACCGCGAAAUUGCCGUGGAAAGCCUUUAUGCACUGCGACGCGCACAGCGUCGAUGAUAAUGCCCGUAAGGCGCUUCUACUCUUUGCCAUGACCAUCCGUAUCCUAUUGUCAGCCGUUCGAAGGCUCAACAGUUCCAUUAAUCCGAGUCGGACGGAGGCCUUAUCGGCCAUUGCAGUCUCGGUGGGCACCUUCGAGCUAUUCGGGGAAACGAAAGCAGAAAUCAUUGGGGUUGUCGUUCGACGAUCUCUUGGGGCUAUAACUACGGCAUCGCAAUAUCUUUGGGAACGAGCCGGAACUCAACUGUUGGAUUAA